ACUAUUUGCUUUUGAGAACGCCGCGAGAUUUUCCAUAGAAGUUUCGGAACUUGCUGCAUCGCAUAGAUGACGCUGCCGUAGAUGGUCGAAGUUGUCAAGCGGUAGAGGUUAAAAGUGUAUUUGCACUUUUAACAAACUCUUUUUUUCUAAGGAAAUCAUGUCGUUAGCGGAUGAACUUUUAGCAGAUCUUGAGGAAAACGAUGAUUCCGAUCAUGUCAUGGAAGAACCGGAGCCGGAUUUUAUUCCGGCUUCGGUUUCCAAACACAUCGAAGAAGAAGUAAAAGUAGCUUCUGUAAGAGAAUUAGCAAAACUGCGUGAUUCCGAUCAGUUAAAAAGAGUAAUGUGUUUGAUAGAAAAAUACAGUAAAGUUCUCAGGAGGUCUGUAGAUAUUAUUGGACCUGUCGAGUCUGAUCCAGAAUAUCAGCUUAUCGUUGAAGCUAAUAACAUGGCCGUAGAUAUCGAUGAUGAAAUAACUACCAUACAUCGGUUUACUAGGGAUAAAUAUUCUAAAAGAUUCCCAGAAUUAGAGUCUUUAGUUGUCGGUCCGUUAGAAUACGUAAUGACUGUUAGGGAAUUGGGAAAUGACUUAGACAGAGCAAAGAAUAAUGAAACGUUACAACAGUUUCUUACUCAGGCAACAAUAAUGGUUGUUUCGGUUACCGCAUCAACCACACAAGGACAGUUAUUAACGGAAGAUGAAAAAGAAGCUAUUUGCGAGGCUUGUGAUAUGGCGGUAGAAUUAAACAAUUGUAAACUGAAAAUAUUUGAAUAUGUUGAAAGUAGAAUGGCAUUCAUUGCUCCAAAUCUAUCUGUAAUAGUCGGCGCGUCCACAGCAGCCAAAAUUAUGGGUGUUGCUGGAGGUUUGACAAAACUUUCGAAAAUGCCAGCUUGCAAUGUUCUAGUUUUAGGAUCUCAAAAAGCUACACUGUCCGGAUUUUCGCAAGUAGCGACUUUACCUCAUACUGGUUUUAUAUAUUAUUCCGAUAUCGUACAAGAUACUCCGCCUGAUUUACGAAGAAAAGCAGCGAGACUCGUAGGGGCGAAAAGUAUGUUAGCUGCCCGGGUAGAUGCUUGUCACGAAAGUACGGAUGGUCAUAUUGGUCAAAUGCUCCGCGAAGAAAUUGAGAAAAAACUAGAUAAGCUACAAGAACCGCCGCCUGUAAAAUUUGUGAAACCUUUACCAAAACCUAUUGAUCCAGGUCGUAAGAAGCGAGGUGGCAAACGUGUCAGAAAAAUGAAAGAACGUUAUGCGAUUACUGAAUUCAGAAAACACGCGAACAGAAUGAAUUUUGCUGAUAUUGAGAACGAUGCCUAUCAAGAAGAUUUAGGCUAUACGCGUGGUACAAUUGGUAAGGCGGGAACGGGUCGUAUUAGAUUACCUCAAAUCGAUGAAAAAACAAAAGUACGGAUAUCGAAAACGCUUCAGAAAAAUUUACAAAAGCAACAGCAAUGGGGUGGUAGUACGACAGUCAAAAAACAAGUAUCUGGUACAGCAUCUAGUGUCGCGUUUACUCCACUGCAGGGGUUGGAAAUUGUAAAUCCGCAAGCAGCAGAAAAGAAAAUAAAUGAAGCUAACGCGAAAUAUUUUUCAAAUACAGCUGGCUUUUUGAAAGUAAAAAAAAUUUAAAAAGAC